AUGCUUCCACUGGACAAAGACGAUGAUGGCCAUGGCUGUCGCUUCUUUAGUCUUAAGGACAAGACCGCCCUUGCCCCCCGCAGCUUCACGGAGACCUUUUCUGAUAGACGUUGCGUCGGGUCUUCACACGGUUGGCUCGUGCUUUUGGACGAGGACUCGGAGCCUUAUCUCCUCGACCCACUUCGCGGCGGCCGGGGUCCUCCACCUCCCUCCCGUCAAGACGUUCUCCUAUGUGCUCCAAACUUCGGCAGAGUUGGCGUGUGGAUGGAGCUAACUGGUCAUAGCGGUCCUUAUAGCGAUGUCACAUUCCAUGAGGGCAUGCUCUUUGCUCUCUGCAACAGCGGAUUUGUCGAAACGUGGGACUUUAACAGGGAUCACCCCUUGAAAAUUAUGGAGAUCAAGUCCUCUUUCCCGCGGAAAUCAGCCGAGGCUGCACAUGCUUUCAGGAAUGUUUGUUUUACGAGCACAUACUCGAUCGAGGCAGCGGGUGAAAUUUUGCUUCUCGUGAGGUUCACAGCAAAUUUCGUAAAUAAGCACGGUGUCCCAAUCGAAGAAGAUUACCUCCCGACGGAGGAGGACAUACACCCUUUGGUCUAUCCCUACAGAACCUUGUAUUUCCAUGUUUACGUGCUGGACAUCAACAGCGAGGAGUGGGUGGGUUUGGACUCGAUCGGCGACUGGGCUGUGUUUGUGGGCGGGAGCCAUUCGAGAUCGGUGUUGGCCCGGGAAUUCCCAGAGUUCGAGGCAAACUCAGUAUACUUCACCGACGAUAACUGGGAUCCCGGAGAGCGCCACGACUCGUACAGUGGGCACGACAUGGGGGUGUACAGCUUGCAGAGAAGGAAGGUGAGGGAGAUUUGCGAACUCGGUUCCGACAAGAUCAAGCCUCCACCGCUUUGGGUUUUCCCAUCUGAUUAUCGUUCUAAUUGA